AAAAAUUACUUGUUAAAUAGAGAUUGUACGUCAGUAUAUGGUAUGAAUAAUAUCUAUGGGCUUCCCUCCACCAUAAUAAGUGAUGUUGCCAAAUUGGUGAUUGGUCGGUUUAAAACGCAAACUUUGAACUUUUGCACAAUACUAGCCUCACCAUGUCUCCAUAAUCAAUUGAAAUUCCCCUUCCUUUUUAACGCUAACUCCCAAUCAAAUUGUUGUAAAAAAAAAAAAAAAAUCCUCAAUCAAAUAUUCUAUUCAGCCCACAGUUUUCCCCCCUAAUACAUAAACUCAUAAAUACCAUCAUGAAUCAUGCUUCAUGCAUAAAUGAAGGCAUAUUCACAUUUCAUACUUAUUUUAUAAGAAUAUUUCAAUCCUACGCUAUUUAUUCAAGAAUUACUUCCCAAAAUCCCAAUCAGCUUGAAUUUUUUGUAAAAUAGCCCAAAAAAAAAAAUGCAAUCACUUCAGCAGAAGGCUUCCGAGUACAGUGGAAUUAAUACUGAUGAUGCUUUUGGAAUUGAUGACACCAAUCUUUUUGAAAAAUUGGGCCUUCAAACUUUCAUUGAUCUUUCUAGCGAUUUCUAUACUAGGGUUUAUGAUGAUGAAGAAGAAUGGUUUAGAUCGAUAUUUGCAAAUUCGAAGAAAGAGGAUGCAAUUCAGAAUCAAUAUGAGUUCUUUGUUCAGAGAAUGGGUGGCCCACCUAUGUUUUCUCAGAGAAGAGGUCAUCCAGCACUGAUAGCACGCCACAGGCCAUUUUCAGUGACUCACCAAGCCGCUGAAAGGUGGCUGCAUCAUAUGCAACAAGCCCUGGACACUACUCCCAAAAUUGAUUCUGAUUCAAAAACUAAGAUGAUGAACUUCUUCAGGCACACAGCUUUUUUUCUCGUUGCAGGAGAUGAGUUGAAAUCUCGAAACCAGUCAGUUGCAUGCAAGCAUGCAGCUAAUAAACCACCUGAAGAAUGACAUCAUGAAGAAAUUAUUUGCUCGAUUAACAUUUUAAGUGAACAUUCAUUACGAUAGUUAUUUGAGCUGCUUAUUGAUCAAAAGGGGGCAAAAGCCUUGUAAUAAUAGGAAUUAGUGAAGCAUAAAAAUUUUCAGCAUCAUACUCUCAAUUGUCUUAAAACAGAUGAAAUUCACACAAAAUCUAAAGAUGAUGUGGUGAUUGGUCUUCCUAUGAGAAAUUGUAAUAAAUUUUUACUUCAUUAGAAAUUUAUCAUAUCUAAUUCCUAA